UCUUUUACAGAUGAUAUUAAACCAACAGGUGUGGAAUGCGUUAGGCAGAAUGAAGAACUGAUAAGGAAACCCUCCACGGCUCCGCUCCCCUCUGCAUUUACCAACACUCUUCAUUUCUUCUUCAUAUUGCAUUUAGGACCAGAAUUCAAUCUCACACAGAGAGUUGGUGCGGAAAAAACUAUGAGGUGUUUGGAGAGGGAGAGAAAAGCUCUUAUUGAAUUCAAGAAAGGGCUUCUGGAUGACGAUGGCGUUCUGUCAUCUUGGGGUAGUGAGGAUCAUAAAAGAGACUGCUGCAAAUGGUGGGGUGUUCGUUGCAGCAAUAAGACCGGCCAUGUAACAGCCAUUGAUCUUCGCUGUCCCGUAGAUGAUGAUUUCUCGCCACUUCAAACUCCUUUGGGUGGAAAGGUUAGUCCAUCUUUACUUGAGUUGCGGCAUUUGAGUUAUCUCGAUCUCAGUUACAAUGAUUUCCAGGGGCAAAGCAUCCCAGCCUUCAUUGGUUCCCUCAACAGUUUGAAAGUGUUAAAUCUAGCAUUUGCCAACUUUGCUGGUAAUGUUCCAACUCAUCUUGGAAAUCUUACCAGUCUCCAUAUUCUAAAUGUUUCGUGGAAUUUUCAUUUAUCAAUCAACAGUCUUGAGUGGCUCUCUCAACUUUCUUCUUUAAGAUACCUUGAUCUUAGUGUAGUCCCCUUUGAACAAACCCUGUGGCCGGAAACAAUUGUUAACCUUCCUCAUUCCCUUGAGAAAUUGCGGCUGAGUAGUUGUGGACUGUUUGAAACUAUUCCCUUCACCAUCAACUCUUCUGCAUCUCUUUCAGUUGUCGAUUUCUCUCACAACAAUCUUACUCUUUCUUCAGUAUCCAACUGGUUGCAUAACUUCAGCACAGGUUUGACUAGCAUUGGCCUAUCAUAUAACAAUUUAGCAGGCCCCAUCCCUGAAACAUUUGGGUACAUGGAAUUUCUUCAGCACCUAGACCUUUCUGGAAAUUUUUUCUCAGGUAGCAUUCCUAAAUCUUUUAGGAAUUUAAGCCAUCUAAUCUCCCUUUCAUUAUCUGAUAACCAAUUAAGCGAACCCCUUUCUGAACUACUUGAAAAGUUAUCAGAACAUGCAGGUCAAUCACUAGAAUCCUUGUGGUUAGAUGGUAAUAAACUCAAUGGUUCACUCCCAGACAUUAGUACCAGAUUUUCAUCCUUGAGAGAAUUGGUUGUAUCAAAUAACCAAUUGGAUGGAUCUUUGCCACAAAGCUUUGGACUACCUUCAAGUCUUGAAUCUUUAGGUUUAAGGGGUAACAGAAUAAUGGGGUUAUUUCCAGACAUCAAAAGUUUUGGACUUGAAUCCCAUCUUAAGUUCCUGGAUUUGUCUGAUAAUCAAAUUACUGGGCCAUUGCCAGAUUUAACACCAUAUUCAUCAAUGAUAGAGCUGUAUCUCCAAGACAAUCAAUUGCAAGGGGUGAUAACUGAAGCUCAUUUUUCAAACCUUAGCCAAAUAAAAGUCUUGGAUUUAUCCUUUAACUCAUUGUCUUUGAACAUCAGUGAUGAUUGGAACCCUCCUUUCCAACUUGAGGCUAUAGGUUUAGCAAGCUGUAAAAUGGGGACUCAGUUUCCAAAAUGGCUGCAAACUCAGGGUGGAUUUUUCUCUCUUGAUAUCUCUUCCGCUGGUAUUUCUGAUACAGUGCCUGAUUGGUUUUGGGACCUCUCUCCCAGAAUUGAAUACCUGAACUUGUCUUACAACAAGAUUGAUGGCAAAGUUCCUGAUUUAUCAACCAAAUUUUCUGGUUCUCAAGUAAUAGAUUUUAGCAACAAUGGCUUUUGGGGUCUCAUACCUUCAAUUCCUCCAGAAGUCAAAUCAUUUCAUCUCUCACAUAAUAAGUUUUCUGGAUCAAUUUCUUUCCUGUGCACAGAUGCCACUCAUUUCACCGCUUCUCUUGACCUCUCAUAUAACCAACUCUCAGGAGAGAUUCCCAACUGCUUUGAGAACUAUGCAGAUUUGGUCGUACUAAAUCUUGCAAAUAAUUAUUUCUCUGGGAAACUUCCUCACUCUUUAGGCUUCCUGCAACGACUUGUGUCGUUACAUUUGAGAAACAACAACUUUACAGGAAAGUUUCCACGCUCAUUGCAAAACUGCACAUCAUUGAGAAUGAUCGAUUUUGGAGGAAAUCAAUUUACAGGGAGAAUCCCACCAUGGAUAUGGACAUCUCUAAGUAAGUUGAUCAUUGUAAGUCUUAGACAUAACAAGUUCAGUGGAGACCUGCCUCCAAGUUUGUGUCACCUUAACAAUAUUCAAGUCUUGGAUUUUUCUCGAAACAGAAUGGCAGGGAGAAUUCCAUCUUGCUUCUACAAUUUUACUUCUUUGAUUCAGAAAAACAAUUCCACAGGAAAGACUAUUGUAGGUGUUGGAGAAUAUUUUGGAGCAGUUUAUAAUAAUGUUGACUACAUAGACAACAUUUUGAUUCAGUGGAAAAACCAAGAUUCAGAAUAUAGGAACCUAUUGAGAUUUCUAAAGAGCAUUGACCUUUCAAGCAAUCACUUGAUAGGAGAUAUUCCUGAGGAAUUUUCUGUCUUGAGAGGAUUAAUUUCCUUAAACCUGUCAAGAAAUCAUUUGACAGGAAAAAUCAUCCCAGGAAUCAAUCAGAUGGAAAUGUUAGAAUCUCUUGAUUUGUCUAGGAACCAACUCUCAGGUGAAAUUCCAGCAGGCCUGGCUCAUUUGAAUUUUCUUAGUGUUCUUGACUUGUCGAACAACAACUUGUCAGGAAAAAUUCCAUCUGGCACUCAACUUCAGAGUAUCAACGCAACAUCUUAUGCCGGAAACAGUGGACUAUGUGGGGAUCCACUUCCCAAAUGUCAUGAAGAUGUUCCUGCCAUCAAAGAAAAAGGCGAUGAUUAUGAAGAAGAAGAAGAUGAUGAUAGGCUUUUGACGCUAGAGUUUUACAUAUCCAUGGUGCUGGGUUUUUCAGUAAGCUUCUGGGGCUUUGUGGUCACUUUGUUCCUCAAAGAUUCAUGGAGAUAUGCCUACUAUAGGUUCUUAAGUGACUCCAAAGAUUGGGUGUAUGUAACAAUGAAAGUUUCAUUUGUAAGACUGCAGAGGAAGUUUUGGCCACACUAGAUGGGAUGAUGGAUUCUGCAGAAAUCGGGCAUGAACACUGUACUACCAGCAGAAGUGCAGCAUUGCAUUAGAAAUUUGAAGAAACAAUGCAGUCAGUUUGAAGAUUUAAUUUGUGUGUUUUGUUCACCGGUCAUUUAGAAAAGAAAGUCUAUACUCCAACACCAUUUUCUUUUCACAUACAGUUCCUUUUGUUUGAUGUUAAUGUCCCUUUAAUAUUAUUGCUACGUGUGAUGCAUGGUGUUCCUUUUCACAUUGCCAACAACAGUUGAUGGUAUGACAGAUAAUAAAUUCCAAUAGCCUUUU